UUAGUUCAGGUAAACAAUUUCAAAUGUGAAGUCAUGGAGCCUCGAGUAGCGAUUUUGGGACUGUUGGUUUCACUUUAUCUAGUUAAUUAUGUACAAGGACAAGUUAUAUCUGGAAAUAUUCUACAGAUUCUCCAACGAACAACAGGAUUUUCUAAGUUUGCGCAGCUGGUUACCCGGGCACAACUGACAAGGUUCUAUGAAUCUCCUACUACUAUGACCGUGUUCGCAUUUAACGACACAGCUUAUAACCAGCUACCAUACAGAGAACGCAAUAUAAUAGACAGCUACACAGAAACAGAGCUCAAAGAUUACCUCAAAUUCUGUACAAUCCCAGGAAAUCGCGUCGCUACAACUGCCAUCCAGGACAACCAGUAUGUGCGGAGCAGUGACUCCAAUGGCGACCGCCUCUUUUUCAAUCGCGUCCAGAGAAUGGACACAACCUCAGCUGGCACAUUUGGACCAAUCAAGUAUUAUGUCAAUGGUGUGGAGAUAUCGGAGGGAACAAAUCGUGACAUCUCCGCCACCAAUGGAGUUGUUCAUGGUCUAAAUGGAGUCAUGCGGAAAACAAGUCAAAAAACAGCAUAUGGGUGGAUCCAAGAUCCAGAGGAUGCUACACAGAGAUUUACGAGAUUCAUAGAUUUGAUGAGCUACCUAAUUGUGUUGGACAACAUUCAUGACAUUUCAUCACCAGACAAGAUUACCACCUUAUUUGUUCCCAAUGACAAUGCAAUGCAAAAGAUUCCUAUCACACAGCUGGACCGACUCAAGAAUGAUCCUACAGAAUUACAACGGAUUCUUCAAGCUCAUUAUGUUCCUAAUCGGGCGAUUUUCACCAACUGUAUUUCCCACAAUGAAGGUGUAACUAAUGCUAAAGGUCAACCAUUGACCUUCAGAAAGCCGUCAGGUUACAAUGUGUAUGUCAAUAGUGACGGGGUGAGUGCGGCCAUUAUUGAGGGAAAUAUAACGGUGUCCAACGGAGUGGUGCAUGUGGUUGAUCAGCUGUUGGGAUUUGUUUAUAACAACAUACGUGAACAGAUUCAACGAGAGGGAACGAAAUUUGAGCAGCUGAUAAAUCUUGGCACAGAAAACGUAAGGAAUUCCUUGGUGCAGCCUUCAGGGGUAACUGUCUUCGUGCCUCUGGACACAGCCUUCCAGAAAAUCGCCAACAUACGCUGGGUCAACUUAAACAGUAAUCAGACAUUAGUGGAUAUGGUGCUUCGAUUGCAUAUUUUAGUACCCAACAACCCGAUUAUUAUCUCCUCCUUGCCCGCAAUGAGCGGCUAUGAGAGUCGUCAAUACAGACAAACCAUGUAUAACAAUGAGAGGGUAACCAUUUAUAAUGAAAGAAAUGAAACCUGGGUACAGGGAGGUAAUGUGAAGGCUCGUGUGAUCCGGCCAGACAUAAAGACAGUUAACGGCAUGGUCCACAUCAUCGACUCUGUGCUGGGAGUUCCCUAUCUGGAUCUGCCCAUGUUAAUCUGCCAUGACGUGUGGCUUCUGCGUACAUAUGACUACAUGAGAAGAGUGGGACUAAAGAACUACCUGACGGACCGUAGAUUCACAGCAGAGAAGUGUAGCUUCGAAAUUUAUGGCUAUCCUCCAAAUUACGGAUCAGCCGUGCUCACUAACCAGGGAACCACCUGCCCUACUUAUUGUAGCCAGGCCCAGUAUCAGAACCAGUACCCCUGUAAUACAGCACAGUGUCAGACAAAUACUGGUUCCACCACGUGUCCCACUUAUUGUGCCCAGGCGAAUUACCAGAACCAAUAUCCAUGUAAUACUGCUGUGUGUGCCAAUACCAACACUGGAGGGGGAACAACCUGUCCAACAUAUUGUUCACAGUCCCAGUAUGCAAAUCAGUAUCCUUGUAACUCGGCCAUGUGUACGUCAGGAUCUAACUGCCCUGCUUACUGCUCCCAGCCCCAAUACGCAAACUCCCAGCAAUGCUUGAGUUGUAAUGGAGGAUCAACAACCCAGUGUCAGUAUGUGAGUUACUGCAGCGAUCCAAGCAAUGCCAACAAAAGUCCGUGCAACACGUAUCCGUGCAACAUGCUGAAUGGCAUGAAUACAGGAUCACAGAGUUCCUCCGACUACGAUAUGGGGUACUGCGGAUCGACCACUGUGGCGUGCGAAUUCACAGUCUUUGUUCCCAAUUCGAGUGCUAUUGACUACUUUUCAGUGUCGCUUAAUGGAAAUAGAGUCAUGAGAGACACACCAAGAUUUCAAUAUUUGUUUAAACGGCUUAUUGUUCGUGGACGAAUUUAUAUAGAAAAAAUGGGAAAUGGAAACCACCAGAUGCAGAUGCUGAAUGGUGAAACAAUUAGUCUCACUAAAACAAAUGACAGAGAUGUGAGGAUAUACUUUGGAGGAGCAUCAGCGAAUGUUAUUCACAUGGACGAGGGGGCAACUAAUGGGGUCAUGCAUAUCAUUGACCAGUUGUUAUUUGUUCAGGACGACCUAACGAGAAAUGUCAACUCGGUGGGUCAUGUGACAUUUUCCUUUUGGCUUGUGUUAGGGACGUUAUUGAUUGUUUGUGCUAUAAUCAAUGCGAGAUGAUUUAUGAGGAUUGUUGUUGCCAUGGAAACCAUUGUCCACAUAAACUUUUUAUAUAUAUAGUAUCCAUUUUUUUUACGGUGUAUAUAGAUGAAUAUUUUUAUAUAACAUAUUAUAUAUGUUUCUAUUUCUUGUAACUGAUCACUUUAUGAUCAAAUGUUUAAGUUUUGAUUUUUGUUAUUCUGUGUUAAAGAUUGCUAUACCAUACAUUCCCUUUUGGUACUGUUUUUCACUUUGUUAGGACAUUGAAAAUUGACCCCUUUUUUUAAAUUCAGAGAGAGCAGGACAAUUUUUUUUUAUUUACUCUCUAUGGUCGACCUCAUGAAAAAUAUUACUAAUACAUUCCAAGAUUUCAAUGCCAAAAUGUUGAAUUUUUAAUUAAUCAUAAAAACGGCAUACGUGCUCAAAGCACGAAGAGGACUAAGUAAGCAAUAACAGGGGAGGUGAAUAUGUACAAUUUUUUUUAAGUGUAACUCUGUAAGGUAUUCCCAUCUCCUUAAGUGUCUUUAAUUCUGUAGAAUAGCUGAGCAGGUUGAAUUUAUGGCCAUGAUUGUCAAGCUGAGUAGAACAAAAUAUAAGCAAUUCAAUUUCUUUCAUAAAUAUAAAGCAUUUGCGAAUGCUAUUCAGAUUUCAAAUGAUAGAAUGUUUUAAGAAAUACCCUUGAAUUUGAUAACGCUUAUUACAAAUCCCUUUUUUUAAAAUUUAGUGUCAUUUAGAUGUAAAGUGAGAAAUAUUGAAUGCUUGCCGUAGUGUAUAAUCUUUUAGUUUUUUCUUUUGAUAUUCAACUCAAAUCUCAUAUGAAGGAGGAAAGAGAAUUAUGAUACCUAGAGCAGCUUUCUUAAAGCCAUUAUACAGAACUAUUAUAAUAUAACAACCAUACAAUAUAAAUAUUGUCUCAGUAUGCCAUAGUCAUAUUUGGAGAACUACAUGUAUGUAAUCGGUACUAGUCAAGAAAAUAUAUGAACAGAGAAAGAUUUUACAUUAAGGAAAACUUCAUACAGACUUAUUGCUUACUAAUUAAUCAAGUAAUAUGCACUCUCUGAUAUAUGUUCACUAAAAUUUUAUUGUUACAUUGCCCACACCUUCAUAUUCCUGCGUUCUCUUCCUACUGUUACAAAAAAAUUCUCCAAUCAAUAACCUGUGAUAUGAACACUUCAUUAAGAUUUUGUCCAUGUCUAGCAAAAAUUGUAAUUUUUUUUUCUCGAACGACUCAAUUUCUUGUAGUUUUAAAUGUUUUUUUUGGUGUGUUAUAUAUUUCCUCCUGACCUCAUUUUGUUACGAGGUAUAAACAAGUAUGAGACCGAACCUUAUGUCCUUAUGUUGCCAUAUGUAUAUAUAUGUGUGUGUAUGUUUUAUGUGAUUUAUUAAUUUCAUAUAUUUUAGUAUGGUUGUAGGCUUGGGUUUGAGAUGUACAUGUCAUUAUACAUUGAUUGUUAAUUAAGCUUUUAAAUUGAUAUAUUCUUGCUCAUAUCUAUGUACUAGUACUGUGUUUGGUAUGUUAUUAUUAUCGUAUCCCAAAGCUUUGUAUAUAGCAUAAUUUUUAUAUAUUCAAUUCAACUGAUAAUUAAUUAUGCAUUCUUGAUCACACAUUUUAAAUGUUACUGUAUAUAGUUACCUGAAUUUUUGAAUGGCUUUGUGUACCUGUGAUUUUUUUUUUAGUUAGUCUGUUUGUAUGUUUUUUAAUGGAUGAUUCAUGAGAAAAUGUUGAUAAUCAAAUACUGUACUUACAAACAAACACACACACAAAGAAAAAGUACUGUAUACGUACAGAGAAAUUAUUUGUUCCCAUUUUGUUUUUGCCUUUUCAACCUUGUUUCUAGUCGGUGAAUUUAAAACAAAGCAAAUUCAAAGCAUACAAUUAUACCUCAUUCUGGUAAAUUUAAAAUGGGGCAAAAUUGUUUGCAUGACGUGUGAAAUGAGGUAACUAAAAAUAACAUGGGGGCAAAGAAAACUGUGCUUAAAGGAAAAACAUUAUGAAAUCUUAAAUUUGCAUGCAAAGUGCUGAAGUAAAUUUUCCUUUUUGAAAGGAAGGACUUUUAAAUUAUUUAUUAGAUAAAGUCUAAGAUUUUUAUAACACAUCUGAACUAAACUGAGAAGGAGAUUAGUCAUACAUUAUGUAUUAUAACAUACGAGUGCCAUAUUAUUCACAGCUACUCUUCCUUUUCAAACUCAUGAAAAAUUAAUACAGAUAUUUUAAAAAAAAAUGCCUGUGAAGUUAUGAGCAAUAUGAUUCUUCUCUAAGUUUCAAGGAUUUUUUUUUUAUUAUACAUGUAUAGAUAAAGUAAAUCAAUGUGAAGUUUUCAAUCAUACAUACAUUUCAAUGCAUACAUAACUCACAACACUGCUUUUAUUUUACUUUUGAAUUAACAGGGCAUUUAUGGUAGAUGAAUACAUAUCAGUUUUAACAAUGAUAAUGUCAUAUGUUUUGGACCAUAUACAUGGUUUACAGUGUGAAUACAUAUCAAUUUCAUUUAUUAUUUAUCAGUUUGGAUGAAAAUUUUGUUCCAUUGUAUGCAGUGCUAUGUUUCAGUAAAUGUCAUUGACAGUUUGUUCCCUUGUGUAAAAUGAUGUGUCUUUAUGCAAAUAUUUUGUAUAUGUGAGAAAAUCAAUAUUAUAUAAAUGCAUUCCAUAUAGAAAAGGGUUUUUUAAGAAUGUCAAUGUAUGAGUCGGCUUCAUACCAAGUACAUGUAUGUUCAUACACAAAACAUUUCAGCUGCACCAAUUCCUUCAAAUAGAAUAAGCAUUGUUUAUUUUUAAUAAAGAUAAAAUAUUUAAAGUUGGCAAUCAGUGCUAUAUAAGUCUACAUCUUUUCAGUAUUUCAUAUAAACUGGAAUAUUUAUUUAUAUAGUUUUCAUGUUAAGGGAGAACGAACACUGGUUAUUAGGGUGGAAUUUUCUGUAAUUCAUUUAUUGACAUUUUUAAAACAGAAAAUGGAGAUUUAAGAAAAAUUCAGGCAAAUGUAUACCAUAUGAGGCAAAAAUUGAUACAUUUCACUCAACUUUCAUGUAGGAAACAUUUUAGAGUUACCUCUCUUAGAUGGUCAUUCUCCCUUAAUGUCGAUCAAUCUUAAUCUUGUCAAAGGCAGGAGAGAGUAUAGUACAGAAUUGCAUUACUUUAUUUACUUUGGAACUUUUCAUAUUUGGAGCAAUAUUACUGUACACUAGAUGUGUAUUGACAUAUCUAUACUAUAUAUUUUAUGCAAAUUUAUAUAUACAACUGACCAAUCAAAAUUUGUCUAAAAUUAAAAUAAUUGAAUUAAUUACCUGAUUGAAAUGUUUGAUUUUAAGGACACCAUUUGCCUUAUCAUGUACUCCUGUAGAUCAAAUAAUAAAAAUAUA